AUGCUGUUUGUUCUAUUUGUCCUCGCUGGUCUUGCUACACCGUCCAACGCCGACUUCACUCCUGAUUUCAACUGCACCGAAGUCAAUGCUACAGCUAAAACCGUGCUCACUGCAGCUUCCGUGAAUUGUGAUGAUAAAUACUCUGCGGAUACGUGUGCAGAUCUUUUUGGUACAGCUGUUAAAGCCGGUGAUGACAAACGAGAUCCUAAGUGCAAUAUGAUUAGCUCCGCUUUUAAUGAGGAAUUGAAAAACAUGGCAGUAGCAUCAUGCCCCAAACAUUGUGGAUACUGUUGUCAAACUCCUGAGUACGACUGCGUCAAUAAGCAGUUCCCAAGAACGAAUUGUGACACUGUCAAACCCGACCAAUGCAAGGAUCCUAAAUGGCGUCCGAUUCUGGCCGAAGAUUGUCCCCACACUUGCGGACUUUGUCUUGAAAGUAAUGGAUGUAUUGACGCAGUGAUCGAAUGCAAAAACGAUCUGUCCAUUUGCAGAAACAUCGACAUGCAAGAUUUUGUAAAGCCCCAUGCCCUUCCGCCGAUAAGAGUAAACAGUGUGCUACAUGGGCUAAGAACGGAUUCUGCACAAACGAUUACUACUCUAAGGCUGAACGAAUUGCUCAGUGUGGCAAAUCGUGCUCCUUCCUCUGCUCUUCCUGAAAACUUCGCUCAUCCCAGAUUCACGACAUCACAGCACAACACAACAGCAUUUUAG